AUGGGCAGAUUGUACGAAACUAAGCAAAAGAACUACGACUUCGCCCUGAAACCCCCCUACAACAGGGCUACUUUCCAAAUCCAGACCUUAGAGGUUUCCAAAACCCUAAGAGAAGAGGUGUUUGUAGCCGAGGACGCGCUGAGAGAUUGCAUCAGCGUCAACCCCUAUAACAAGGGCAGAACCAUGAACAUGCAAAAGGCGAGAUCACUGCUCCGCUGCUUCGAUAUCUGGACACACAACCGGUUCUUGGAAGAGCGCGAGCGGGACAUUUGGUUUGACGACCCGAUAUAG